AUGCCUAUUGGGACUUGUCCUUAUAGGCUGGUUUUUGGCAAGGCAUGUCAUCUGCCAGUCGAGCUUGAACACAAAGCCUUGUGGGCACUGAAGAAGUUGAAUAUGGACUGGGAAGAAACAACCAAGCUGAGGUUGUUUCAGAUGAAUAAAAUGGAUGAAUUCCGAUAUCAUGCCUAUGAAAGAGCGGCCUUGUACAAGGAAAAGAUGAAAUACUAUCAUGAUGUCAAGAUCCUCAAGCGAGACUUUCAGAAGGGUGAUUUUGUCCUGCUGUAUAACUCAAGGCUGAAGCUUUUUCUGGGAAAAUUGAAAUCAAGAUGGUCUGGACCUUUCGAAUUGGUGAGUGUUCCACCCAAUGGCUAA